AUGAAAUUGAGAGUUUGUGCUCGUCCUUCCUACGGAGUGGCUCCCCGAGCUGUCAUGGGAAGGCAAAGGUGUCGUGGGAGGACGUCUGUACUCCUAAGGAGUAAGGGGGUGUUAGGGCUCAGACGGUUGGCAGACAUUUCGAAGGUUUUUGCGCUAAAACUCAUUUGGAAAAUUUUCACCACAUCGGGGUCUCUUUGGGUGGCUUGGGUGAAGCAAAAUCUGUGGAACAAUGGCUCAUUCUGGGAUAUCAGUGAGUCGACUAAAGGCUCUUGGUUGGACAUCUGGCUUCCUUUGGGUCGACUCAUCGACAUUGUUGGGGAUAGUGGGCCUCAAAGAUUGGGAGUUGAGCGGUUUGCUAAGGUGGCUGAUGUUGCAAAUGAGUCUGGUUGGCAGUUUCGUAGGUGCCGGGACCUCAACCUGCAGCAGAUCAUUGCGACUAUUAGUAAUACGCAGGCUCCAGCUGCUGGUAAUGUGGAAGAUGUGGUGCUUUGGAAAGCUGGGCCUGGGGAGUAUAACAACAGGUUCUCCUCCUUCAAAACAUGGGAGCAGGUUCGGGAAUGUAGAGAAAGACAUGAGUGGAGUAAAGUUGUCUGGUUCGCUCAGGGAGUGCCACGGUUUAGCUUCAUUACUUGGCUUGAAAUUUGCGACAGACUAGCAAUAGGUCCGCGAAUGAUGCAGUGGGGUGUAGUGCAAGGGUGCGUGUUCUGUGGUGAACCAAACGAGCCCAGAGACCAUCUCUUCUUCGCUUGUCCCUACACCUUCACGGUAUGGCUAGCAGUUGUGGGAGAUCUACUGGAAGCUAAUGCUGACCCAGACUGGGAGACAACCCUCACACGGCUUGUGGAGUACAAAUAUGAAAAGUUUUCCUUUAUCUUGCUGAGGUUGGUGUUUCAGACUACAAUCUACUAUCUAUGGAAGGAAAGAACGAUAGGAGGCACAAAGGAAAGCUCAAGUCAGUGGCUCAGCUGUCGACACUUAUUGAGAAGACAAUCAGAAACAGGAUCAGCUCCACUCGCUAUUUUGAGAAACCAAAACUUCUGGGACUAUUUCAAAGAUGGUUUAGGGGCCCCUUGGUUAGAGUAG